GCAAAGGGGGCGUGGCUUGUUCUUAUUUUAAAUUCCCAGACACAUUUUCCUGCUGCGAGGUGAUUGAUGCUGGCGCGCAGUCUGAGGUAAAGUUCAAACAACAUGUAAUGUCAACAUCACCGACCUGCGAAAUCAAAACAUCUUUCUUGCAAGUGCUUUGCAUUAAAAUGCCAUUAAAUUACCUGCUUGUUAACCUAUCAAUAUAAAGCGUUUCGUUAGCUAGCUUACACUGGGCGCGGUCUAAGGGGGAUUAAAAAAAUAAAAUAAAUAAAAAAGCGUCGUAUUUGUUGUUUUAUAUCAUGUGAAAUUCAGGUUAAGCGACGCUGAACUUGCAGGGGACCAUGAACGGCUGGCAGAAACAGUUGAAGUACGAGCUCCUGGCAGAGGUGGGAGCUGGCUCCUUCGGGAAGGUUUAUAAAGCCCGAGAGCUGGGGGACUCGCAGCGGCUCCUGGCGGUCAAGAAGUUCAACCUGCGCUGCGACGCAGACAACGGCAUCCCCGCCUUCAUGAUCCGCGAGGUGGCGCUGCUGCGCAAGAUGGGCUUCUUCAACCACCCCAACAUAGUCAAGCUUUUGGAUGCAUCUGCUGUACCAGUGGGCUCGGCCCUGGACCUCACGUUGGUGUUGGAAUACAUCGAUCAGGACCUGUCCACCUACCUCUCCAAGGUUCCUGCUCCAGGACUGAGCCACGACUGCAUAAAGGAUGUGAUGCUGCAGUUGCUGCGCGGGCUGGACUUCUUACACACGAACCUGGUGCUGCACCGUGACCUGAAACCACAGAACGUCCUGGUCAGCAGCUGUGGAGAAGUCAAGAUUGCAGACUUUGGACUAGCACGCAUCCAUACCUUCAACAUCGCUCUGACUCCAGGUGUGGUGACGCUUUGGUAUCGAGCUCCUGAGGUGCUGCUGAAUUCUGUUUACUGUUCAUCUGUGGACAUGUGGAGCGCCGGCUGCAUCUUCGCUGAGCUCUUCCUCCUGAAACCGUUGUUUAAGGGAUACACGGAGGUGGAGCAACUGCAAAAAAUCUUUGAGGUGAUCGGUUUGCCCAGUAAGGAGGACUGGCCUCGGGACACCCCCGUCUCGUACUCGGAGAGCUGGGGGCCGAGAAAAUCCUGCACCGAGCAGAUGCCCAGCCUGGGCCCAGACGAGAACAACCUGCUUUCUCAAUGCCUGAUAUUCAGCGCCAGCCGUCGCAUAUCUGCUGCUGAAGCCCUCGCUCACCCUUUCUUUGGAAAGCCGUAAAGAUGACUGAGGAGCGCGAAGAGGAAGAAUCCCGCCGCUGAGUGUCGCACCAAAAAGAAUCCUAU